UUGACUCUGUCUGUUCCUUGAAGAUUUAUCACUUCUUUUGUGUUCAAUUUUUCAUUCUCAUUUCUGGGUUGCUUAUUGUAGCAGGAACAGUGUUCAUCUUAGCUUUGCUGAACCGGUUUUGCUAAUAUGGGGGCUUUCUUUUCGUGUCCGUUGGCCAAACACAUUGGUGUCGGAAAUGGGGUCGAAUCGGGGAGGACAGCAUUAGAAUCAUCUGUUAGCUUCAAAGGUAAAGAUUUGAAGAAGAUUACCGAGGAGGAAGAGUUGCAUAUUGUAGUGAAUAGUCCGAAGAGCGAAGGCAUGGAGAAUCGAUCUCCCAGAGCCGAGAGUCGUGAUGGGAUCCAAAUGAUUAUGGACCUUGGUCCCACGAACCGGGAGCAUAUGGCUGCAACGCAAUUGCAGAGAGUUUAUAAAAGCUUCAGAACCAGGAGAAGGCUGGCUGAUUGUGCAGUUCUUGCAGAGAAGAGUUGGUGGACACUCUUGAAUUUUGCUGAGCUCAGGAGGAGUUCCGUGUCGUUUUUUGACAUUGAGAAACAUAAAACUGCUGUUUCGCGAUGGUCCCGAGCUAGAACCAGAGCUGCCAGGGUUGGAAAGGGUUUGUCCAAAAAUGAAAAAGCUCAAAUGCUUGCUCUACAGCACUGGCUUGAGGCUAUCGAUCCACGACAUCGAUAUGGCCAGAACUUGCAGCUGUAUUAUGAAAAAUGGCUUCAUUGUCAGAGCCAACAACCCUUUUUUUAUUGGUUGGAUAUAGGAGAAGGGAAGGAAUUAGAUCUUGUUGAAGAGUGCCCCAGAGUGAAACUUCAGCAACAGUGUAUCAAGUAUUUGGGCCCAUUGGAAAGAACAGCCUAUGAAGUUGUUGUGAAGGAUGGGAAGUUCGUUUACAAGCGAUCUGGGGAACUUGUUCACACGACUAGAGUCGAUAAGCACGAGAAGUGGAUAUUUGUUCUCAGUACCUCGAAAGUCUUGUAUGUUGGAAAGAAGAUGAAGGGCACGUUUCAUCAUUCGAGUUUCUUGGCUGGAGGAGCCACGUUGGCUGCUGGGAGAUUGGUUAUCGAAAAUGGCAUCCUACAGGCAGUUUGGCCUCAUAGUGGUCAUUACCGUCCCACAGAGGAAAACUUUCAGGAAUUUGUCUCCUUCCUUGCAGAAAACAAUGUCGAUCUCACACACGUAAAGAUGAGCCCAGAUGAUGAGAAAGACAAUGUAGAACAAACGCGAACGAGCAGUUCAUCCAAGGAGUCGAGUGCUGGUCUGGAUGAUGGAACUGUGGCCAUUGUUGCUGAAGAAAUGAGCAUCGAUAAACCCGAUUCGCCAGAGCAAGAACCAUUGUUGACCGGAAGUUGUAAGGUAGAGAUCAUCCCUGAUGAAUCAAUACUGAAAAGAAUAAACUCACACAAAGAAACAAAAUCAUAUCAACUGGGAAAGCAGCUAUCCUGCAAAUGGACAACUGGUGCAGGCCCCCGAAUCGGGUGCGUUCGUGACUAUCCCGUCAAACUUCAGCUCCGAGCAUUGGAGAAGGUCAGCUUGUAGCCAAGAAAGGCGACUGCUCGAUCCAAAUUUCGAUCGUCGCCUCCAGUUUCCAGAACGCUGAGCUCAAAGGUGUCUAACCAAGUGCUAUGAUUCACCAAAGUGAUGCACAAUCUUCUUCAUAGGCAGCGGA